UUUUUCUUAUAAAUCCAAUUCUUUCCUCAAUUUGCUUUCUGAUGUCCGUUGACCAUUUUAUAUUUACAGAAACAAAUUCAUUUUCAGUGCAUCAGGAAUUCUCUCACAGGAACAUGGCAAUGAAACCUGUCAAGUACUAUGUGGUGGACGCGUUCACUGACUCAGUUUUCAAGGGGAACCCAGCAGUGGUGUGUUUCUUAGAGGAAGAUCAGAGAACCCAGGAGUGGCUACAAGUGGUGGCAGCCGAGUUCAACAUCCCCACCACGUGUUACUUGACUCACCUCACUCAGUCCAACUCUCUCAAUCCUCGGUUCCGUCUUAGAUGGUUCACUCCUGUUGCUGAGGUUAAGAUAUGUGGUCAUGCUACACUGGCUGCUGCACAUACACUCUUCACUUCUAGUUUGUUGAAUUGUGAUGUCAUUGAGUUUGUCACAAAAUCUGGAACAUUAACUGCUAGAAAGGUUGCAGAUAUACAAACAAUUGAUGGUUCGAAUAUUCAGAAUCAUGAGUCACAAGAGAGUUUUCUUAUUGAAUUGGAUUUUCCUACCAUCCCAAUGAUUGAUUUCAACUCUGCUGAGUUUUCACCCAUUUCCAAAGCCCUGAAUGGUGCCUCUGUGAUUGAUAUAAAGAGAACAGCAACUGAAGAUGAUCUCAUUGUAAUACUCUCAUCUGGAGAAACUGUUGUAGAACUUCAACCUCUGUUUGAUUUGAUAUGUAAAUGUCCUGGAAGGGGGGUAAUUAUUUCAGGGCCUGCUCCCCUAGAUUCUGGAUUUGACUAUUACUAUCGAUUCUUUUGCCCAAAAUUUCGGGUCAAUGAGGAUCAUGUUUGUGGGAGUGCAAAUUGUGCCUUAGCAUUGUACUGGAGCAAAAGGCUAGGGAAGUGUGAUCUUGUUGCAUAUGCGGUAUUCUUGCCUAUCUUUAGUGCAUGUAAACUCAUCAUUGUAGUUGUUGUCUUCAUCAUACUAAUUGACAUUGGUGAUUCUGUUCAGGCUUCAGCUAGAAGUGGAGUAGUAAACAUUCAUCUCGAUGAACAAAACCAAAGAGUGCUACUGCGAGGAAAAGCUGUUACUGUCAUGGAAGGGUCUCUAUCAGUUUAGACAUUUGGAGUUAAAACUCCAUAUUGCAUGUAUUUUGCAAUGAAAUAAUUCCCCUAUGACUGGGAUCCAAAAAAAGAGUAACUCCUCUUUCAGUUCAAAAAAAAAAAAAAAAAACUCUUCUUUCUGUUAUUGUCUAAAAUUGAAAUUGAACUAGUGGGGUUUCCUUACUUAUCACUUCUCUUUUAGGAUCCCGUUACGGGGAGUGCAAAUUGUGCCUUCACUCCAUACUGGAGCAAAAAACUGGGGAAGUGUGAUUUUGUUGCUUAUCUCUAGUGCGUUGAAACUUAAUUGUAAUCUUUGUCUUCUCCUUCAUGUGACCCUAUACACAAGUCUAUAACACAUAAGUUGUGGACCCCAUAGGCGUGAGAUCCACCAAAGGCCAUGUGACCUUAUAACACCAGAUUCCUUCUCAACCUGCUGAUGUGCGUUGAUGACCAAUGUUACAUAUACAUCUAAAAAAAAAGUGACAACAACUCCAUUUUCACUGCUUCUAAAAACUCUCUCAGAUGGUUCACUCCUGUUGCUGAGGUUGAGCUUUGUGGCCAUGCUACAUUGGCUGCUGCACAUGCAUUGUUUUCAUCUGGUUUGGUGAAUUCCAACAUUAUUGAGUUUGUCACACUAUCCGGAAUUUUAACUGCUAAAAAGUUUCAGGAAACCAAGGCAUCUAGUAGUUCAGAUAUUCAGAAUGGUGAAUCACAAGAGUGCUUUCUGAUUGAAUUGGAUUUUCCAACUGUUCCAACAAUCGAUUUCAAUUCUGAAGAAAUUCGUCAAUUUCUAGUGCCUUGAAUGGUGCUUCUGUGAUUGAUAUAAAGAAAACUUCUAGUUUAGAUGCCCUCUUUGUAAUGUUCUAAUCCAGUUUAUAUUUAUUUUAUUUUUCUUCAAUACCUUAGUAUCUUAAUUAUCUUUAGUGAAAUAUUCAUUGUGAAACUUUCAAAAACUUAAUGUUUGCCUAAAAUGAAUGACAUGAACAAUUUGGUGUCUCAUUCAUGGUUUUCUUGCUCAAAUCUUUGGACACAGAUGCAUGGUUGGUUGGAAUAUUUGUACCAUUCCUUGUAUUUUUAAAUGAUUCCUUAUGGAGCAAUGCCAUAUUUUCUACUGAUUUAUGACUACUUCAUAAGUACUCAGGAGUCAAGCUUAUCAAUUUUGCAGGUUGUGCUCCCAUCAGGAGAAAGUGUGGUUGAAACACGGCCAGAGUUUGAUGCUAUAUGUAAAUGUCCCGGAAAGGGAAUCAUUGUUUCAGGGGCUGCUCCCUCAGGGUCUGGGUUUGAUUUUUACAAUCGAUUCUUUGCCCCAAAAUUGGGUGUCAAUGAGCUAAAAUAUUUCAGCCCUUGGUCUCAACCAUUUGCAAUGUUUGUGAAGUGCAUGAUGUUAUACUACGUUAAUAAUAUAUUUUUAUGUAUGAUUCAAGAAGUUGUGGAGGGGUCUUUUUACUACAAGGUCAAUAAUGUUUUAUGAAUUAUCAUCGUCUGUAUGAUGCUCUUGCUGAAAAUAAACAAGAGAUGUUAUUUAAACUCAUUAUCUUUACUUACA